AUGAAAAAACAACCGAGAAAAACUAAAAUCAAUAGUAAAAAAAGUAACAAGAACGACUUCAAUAAUACCACAAAUAAUAAUAUGAAGCAAGAGACGACACGAAUCCCACAAAAAAAGCGUGGACCUCCUAAAGGUCGACCACUCAUACAUAAACGAAAAGUGAAGAAGGUGGUCAAUAAAAUAGUUGUUUGUGAAAAACUUAAUUUUCGUGUCGGUCUAUCGAAUAAAACUUCAUCUGAAAACACCCAGCCAAUAAAUCUUAAUGUCAACUUGAAUAUUAACGUGAACGCUGACGACUUGAAUAAUGGUAUGCGUGAUGAUGAAGUCAAUAAUGAUAGGAUCGUUGAAGAUGCUAAAGAUGAUAAUCUCAUUAUAACUAGUCGAAACAAUUUUCUACAAAAUAGUAAGAACAUUUGUACAUUUAUUAUUUGUAGGAUAGAUCGUUCCUGA